AAUCAUCCUCCUAGUUUUUCUCGUCAUGUGUUUUGCACAUAACGCGCUCGUUGAACUUUUACUGAAAAUUAUUUUAUUCUUUGCAAAGGAUUCCAGUUGAAAUCGCUUAUUCGGUACAGUCGAGUCCAGCAGGAUGGGUAAGGAGAAGACUCACAUCAACAUCGUCGUGAUCGGCCAUGUGGACUCCGGCAAGUCCACCACUACCGGCCACCUCAUCUACAAAUGUGGGGGCAUAGACAAACGUACCAUUGAGAAGUUUGAGAAGGAGGCUCAAGAGAUGGGCAAGGGUUCUUUCAAAUAUGCGUGGGUCCUGGAUAAAUUGAAAGCAGAGCGUGAGCGCGGUAUCACCAUAGACAUCGCGCUGUGGAAGUUCGAGACCGCGAAGUAUUACGUGACCAUCAUCGACGCCCCGGGACACAGGGACUUCAUCAAGAACAUGAUCACUGGCACUUCGCAGGCGGACUGUGCAGUACUUAUUGUAGCCGCCGGCACCGGCGAGUUCGAAGCUGGCAUCAGCAAGAACGGGCAGACACGCGAACACGCAUUACUCGCCUUCACGCUCGGUGUGAAACAGCUGAUCGUGGGCGUCAACAAGAUGGACUCCACUGAACCGCCGUACCACGAAGCCCGCUAUGAGGAGAUCAAAAAAGAAGUCUCUUCUUAUAUUAAGAAAAUUGGCUACAACCCUGCGACGGUCGCGUUCGUGCCGAUCUCUGGCUGGCACGGGGACAACAUGCUGGAGCCUAGCGACAAAAUGCCCUGGUUCAAGGGGUGGAACAUUGAGCGCAAGGAGGGCAAGGUUGAGGGCAAGACGCUCAUCGAGGCCCUGGACGCGAUCCAGCCGCCGUCGCGGCCCACGGAGAAGCCGCUGCGGCUGCCGCUGCAGGACGUGUACAAGAUCGGCGGCAUCGGCACCGUACCCGUCGGCCGCGUCGAGACCGGCAUACUCAAGCCUGGUAUGGUGGUGGUGUUUGCGCCGGCGGCCAUCACGACCGAGGUGAAGUCUGUGGAGAUGCACCACGAGGCUCUGCAGGAGGCCAUGCCCGGGGACAAUGUGGGCUUCAACGUAAAGAACGUUUCCGUGAAAGAGCUGCGUCGCGGCUACGUGGCCGGAGAUUCCAAGAAUGCGCCGCCUAAAGGCGCUGCCGACUUCACUGCUCAGGUGAUCGUGCUAAAUCACCCCGGGCAGAUCAGCAAUGGAUACACACCGGUGCUGGAUUGCCACACGGCCCACAUCGCCUGCAAGUUUGCCGAGAUCAAGGAGAAGUGCGACCGUCGUACUGGUAAAACAACAGAGGAGAACCCGAAGUCGAUAAAGUCUGGCGACGCGGCCAUCGUGACACUAGUGCCAACCAAGCCGCUGUGCGUGGAGUCGUUCCAGGAGUUCCCGCCGCUCGGCCGCUUCGCCGUGCGCGACAUGCGCCAGACGGUCGCCGUGGGCGUCAUCAAGAGCGUUACCUUCAAGGAAGUCACGACAGGUAAAAUUACCAAGGCUGCCGAGAAGGCCCAGAAGAAGAAAUAACUAUGGGGCACUUUAAACAAAGUUUUGCUGCCGACAACCACCGCCAGCGCCGGGCCGCCAGUUCAAUCCCGUAUUACAUUUGCUGACGCGAGCCUCACUCUAAAGCCGAUGUCACACUCCAGGCGGGCAGACGAUGGUUGCGGCGCAUGCAGCAUCACUAAAGGAUAUCCAUUAUCGCUGUUGAAUCCCACCCGUGUACAACCCCCCUUAGCGCCUCCCCACAAUCGGAGCUUCUUCACUGGUGACAUCACGCUCGUCCCCGACACAUGCAUUUAUCAUAGCACGAUAUUUUUAAAGUUAGUACGUUUUAGUUACGCUUACGUGUUAAGUUUAUGUCUUUGUGAUUAUUUUAGUCGUAAGUUACUUGACAAGUUUGAGUUUCCGUACUUGAAAGCUCGUUACGUUUUAUUUUUCCAUCGCAAAGAGUUUAGGAGGAAAAGUAUUGUGGAAAAUAUUGAAUUUUUGAACCAUUUCCUAGCGCACCACUUGCUCACUUUUGUUUUUAAUUAUACAUUUAAUUUAGAUAGUAUUACAGAAAAUUUUCAUAUGUUUUAUGUUGUAUUAAAAACAGUUACUUAUUUGAAACUGUGUUGAUUGUCAUAUUGUUGGAAAAAUUUUCUAGCUACUGAUGUUUUCUGAUAACAACAAAAACUACUGUAUAAAGCUAGUUUUCCUGUAGAUACAUUUUAUUUACAAUUUCAUGAAAUGGUUGAAGUAUUUUAAGGUAAACAUCAGAGUGUAGAAAAUUAAAAGAGUAGUUGAUUGUAAAUCAAUACUCUUAGUUGAAAUUAGCAGAUAAAACUAAAAAGGCGUUAAAAACGUUUGAAGAAAUUUGAAUUUUGUAAGUGGUAGUUUAAAGUAAUUUUUGUUUCUUGUAACAGUAAAAAAAUAUCAUUGGUUGUCAGGCUGAAAAAAUUUUUACGAAGUAAUUUUUUAUUUUGCUAUCACAUUAAUUAACAACAUUAAAAUGUAUCUACCAAUCUUUCAUUUUAUACAUGUAUGUAUAUCUAGCUUUAUUAUUGUACCAAAGUACCUACCCUGACGGUCACAUAGGUACGGAAAACAAACUCGUGACUCAUUUAAGCUAAAUGUGACUUUGUAAUUUUCUCAAUAAUUUUGUAAAGACCUUACCCUGAUAAACCAAUAAAGA